AUGGACAAGACACUCAAGAGUCACGGCCCCAAGUCGCUGGUCUACGUCAGCUUCGGAUCCGCUUGGUUCCCAUUCGCCAGACCCGAGAUCGUCCACUACCUCGUCGACACCCUUAUUUCCACCUCUACCCCCUUCCUUUUCGCCUACGCCACCGAGCUUUUCCCCGUCUCGGCGGACAUGAUCGCCAAAGUUUCAAGCUCCGAGUUCGGGAUGGCCGUCCAGAUCGCCCCUCAGGUCCAGGUCCUCAAUCAUCCCGCUUGCCUCGCUUUCGUCUCUCACUGCGGAGCCAAUUCCACCGCGGAGGCUAUUCUCGCGGGAAUUCCUAUUGCAGGUAUUCCCUUCGCGGCCGACCAGGGAGAGUGUAUCGAGAUCCUGAAGAAAUACAAGGCCGGAGUCGACAUCAAGCAAGCUAAAUGCUUCUUCGGCCAAGGCGAAAAGCCCAAGGUGCUUUACGACGGCACAGAGCUCAUCGGUACGGAAGAGGCCAUCAAGGCGGAGCUUGUGGAGCUUUGGACACAGAUGAAGGGAGACCUGGGGAAGGAGCUGGCGGCGGGUAUGGCGGAACUCAGGCAGCUCUGCGACAAGAGCUGCCACGAGGGUGGGGGCAGCCGGCAGGGGAUGCUGGACCUGGCCAAAUAUUGGUAG